AUGAGCGGUAACGUCGCUGGAAAUUCUGAAGCAGGUCGCCCGCGCAAAGAGAUUGUGAAAGGAGCCCUCGAGCAAUUACAGAGCACCGUACUGAGCGCACGAGACCUGGCUUCGGACGCAAAUGAGCAGCUAGCAGUAUUGCUGACUUCGAAAGACGAAGCCGACCGAGUCAAGUGUGGACAGGAGAUGGCCGACCUACUGUCUUGCUGCAUCGAUGAUGUGAUUGAGGCCUUCAAGACGUUGAGGCUCCUGGUGAAGGAACUGGGUAACCGCCGUGGUCGGUAG